AUGUCGUCUCCGAUGAGCCGAUGUCGUCUCCGAUUCUCAAGUCUAUGAAUGCCAUCUUCCACAUAAGCUUCAGAUUCAACUGUCGCGACUACACAUCCGUAGUAAGGAGAACUAUAGAUGGGAUACCAGGACAUAUGCACCUCGAAGUCGAAGUCAAACCCGCUAAGAAACAGGGAGAUUGAUUGCUUCUCUCCUUCAAGAGAUGAUCAAAGUAGUUGGUGGUCAAGCCGGUGCGCUCUGUUACAAUCACUCACUCUUGGCAAAUCUUGAGAUGAAGGAUUUUUUAGCUUCUGAUGAGAGUGAAUCUGAUGACGACGAAGACGACAGCAAUCAAGGUAUUAACCGGAAGAAAGUGGAGAAGAGGAAAGAUAAGUACCGAGCUUUAAUUGAAUCUGAAGAUGUUGACUCUCAUAAAGACGUGGAAGAGGAGAAUGACCAGGAUAUGGAGGUAACAUUCAAUACAAGGUUAGAAGAUCUUAGUAAAGAGAUUCUUAAAAAGAAAGACAAGAAUCUCUAAGUAAAGCAAGGGUGAAGGAUCCGGUGGUGGUGAAGUCGUCGCA